AUGGAAGCACCGCCGUUUCGGGUCCUCUCGCCGGGGGGCCGGAUCUUUUGCGAGCCGACGAUCCAUCAGCCACUGCCCCCGCCCGCCCGAGCCCCCGAGCCCUACAAGAUCACGCCCCUGAGCACGAGUUACGGGCGCAGCCACCGCAACUCGAGUUUCGCCAUCAUUGCCGAGCCAAGGCCCCCGAGUCCCCCCACGGGGGAGGCUACGGCCCCCUCGAGGCCCGGAUCCGGCAGGGUCUCGCCCUUUCGAGGCCGCGGCUUCAAGGGCCCGCCUCCCCGGGCGAGAUCGCGCUCCAGGCCCCGUUCCCCCGACAGCCGCCGAGGUAGGCCUCCACGCGCACAUUUACCAAUCUUUUUUUUCAUUCGUUGCUCGCACUCGAAUCAGAACAGCCCGAAGCGCAGCCAGAUACCGAGACCCGCGGCGGCCCGAGCCAACUUGGCGACGACCAAAUCCAAGGAAAACGGCUUCGUUCCCCGGUACGGCAGACGCGCCGUCAGCGACAACUACGCGUCCAGCAUAGCCGGUAAAAACAACAACAACAACAACAACAACGCCAGUAGCGGUCGCCGGCCGGCGAGACAGAGGGCGCCCGAACUCUCGCCCAUCCGGGGCUCGCCCAACAAACCAGCCGCGGCCAACAAGGGGACGGCGAGGCCGAACGGGUCGCUGCCGAACCACAGGUACGACCGGAACCACUUGGCGCCACCGAAGCCGGGCAACAACAAGAGGUUCAUCACUGCCACGUCGACGAGUGCGGCGGCCAAGGCGACGCAGCGCAACAACAGAGUCGGCGACUCGCCCUCGAGGAUCCCGAGGAGGCAGGGGGGCCUCGGCACGGGUGAUUCAGCGUCCACGCAGAGCCUCGCCGACGGCGAAGCCACUGCCAACAACGGCGGUAGCGCCCAACCCGAGGAGCCCAAAACCAGCGCGGACAACAAUACGGGCAGCAGCAAGAAAACCAAGUCUUUGUCGAGGGAGAGCGUGGCGCAGCAGGCCAACGACGAGGACGGGGGCCUGGUGGAGCUGCUGAGGCAGUCGUCGGGGGCGACUGGCACCUCGAGCGUCGUUAACACGACGACGACGACGGCCGUCCAGCCCCUGCACAUCGACGCGACGACCAUACUGUCCGAGAACGAGUUGGCGGCGAAAUUGAAGAGCCUGGAGAGCAGGCAAAAGACCGCGGAGGCCGAGGCCGGCAACUCGGAGAAUGAGGCCGGCGACCCUAGCUCGGACGCCUCGGAGACGGGAAGGCAGAACGCGACAGCGGAGGAGCGCGAGGCGUCGUUGUCGACGCACAAGAAAACGGACAGCAAGAGCAGCAUAGCCCAGAGCUCGAGCAAGUCGACGGCGUCGACGAGCGACUCGAAGAAGCUGUCCCCGGCGUCGAGGACGGACAGCGGGGCAAAUAGGGUAACGGCACCCGACGGGGAGGACAGGGCGAUGGCUAACAGGAAGAGGGUGACGCUGAACGCGCAGGAGGCGAUCACCGCUGAGUCGGACUCGUUGGGGAGCCUCCACUCGACCGACACGGGGGUCAGCGUCAACACGGUCAGGGGCGUGUCCUCGGCCAAGGAGAAGACCGGCUUGCACGUCGUCAAGCGGCCCGACGAGAUCGAAACCCUCAGCGGGAACGUCGUCCACCACGAGAACAACGGCGAGAGGACGACACAAGCAGCAGCGGGUGCGGCGAAACCAUCGGCCAAGCGACCCGGGCCCAAGGGCCGUAAGAAACCGACGGCCGCGAGCAGGUGGAAGCGUCUAAAGUUCGGCAACAAGUUCAUCACCGGUGGUAGUAAGAAACAACAGCAACAACAGCAACAACAGCAGCAGCAGCAGAGGAGGAAGGGCAAAGGGCUCCCCGGGUGGUGGCCAAAGAUGCGCUGCUUAGCGCUGAAGCGCGAGCCCAAGGGCCGUCCGUGGCCGGGCAAGCAGUCCCGCAACCAGACCGCCUCGACCCUCCAGUUGACCCUCGACUCCCCGGGCAACCCCAAGCAACAAGGCCACCAGUCGAGCAGCCUCAAGGUCACCCCGAGCAGAUGGUCGAGGAUCAAGGAAGCCUGCAGGUGCGCGAGGCUGAGGGCGCUGACGCGAUUGGGCACGAGGCGGGGGGCCCAAAACGUCCAGGUGGGCCCCGUCGAGAUGGCCUCCCGGCAACCCGGCUGCUGCCCCGGUGGACCGGGACGUCGACUGGGCGGGCUCUGCCGGGGCCUCUUCACGCGCUGCGCCGGCUGCUGCACCCUCCCAAAGUGCUGCACCGGCGGCUGCGGCUUGCCAUCCUGCUGCAAGAGGCCCGACAAGCCCAACAAGAACCCCAGGGCCAAACAAAGCGUCGGCAGCAUAGCUCCACCCCCCGUCGCCGAGGACACCAGGCCAAAGCUGCCGGAUGUCCUGAUCGAGCACAACUCGGUGAUGCGCGGCGCGAUACCCUGUUUGCCGGUGCCGUUGGCCUGGAUCUGUCUUAUCUGCAACGUCCUCCUCCCCGGCUCUGGUACAACCAUGAGCGGGUUGUUCAACCUGUGCUGCGGUCAGCCGCGAUUUUCGGCGACGGCGAGCCCCAAGGCCAGGUUCGGCGCCCUCACCGUCGACAUCGUCGUGGGCGUCAGUCAACUAUUCACGGUCCUCUUUUGCCUCGUCGGCUGGGGCUGGAGCAUCUGGUGGGGCGUCACUAUGCUCCGCGUCGCAAAAAAGUACAAGCGCUUCAAGGAGUCCGAGGCUGCGGCCAACGAUCCGGAGGCGCGCGGUGAGACCGGCAUCGCUCUUCCAGCACCGGGGGUAUCGGCGUUGCGCGCCGAACAAUCUCGCUGAACUAUACAGACACACACACACACCAUGCACACAGUAGUGUACAUAUUUGUAUCUUACAUAUAUACGUUAUUGUUACCUACCCAUACUGCGCGUACACUUAGUAUACGACUUUUUCAACUUACCGUGUAGUGUGUACUCAUGGUUACACAUCUCGAGGUCUCUUUUGGAACAUGGAUAUAACAUACAUAUAUAUACGUACCUGUGGCCCACUGGAACUCACCCCCUACUUCCCUUCGCCGUCGUCGUCCAUGCAUCGCGCAUACUAACAUACAUACCCACGUGUAUAUUUUUUCAAGCACAACAUCAUCAUCAUCCAACGAUAAUACCUACCUGUGUACGUUUACACCUGCAGCGCGGACUCUGGGGUGUCAAUUGUCCAUCGAGGGUGUCAUUUCAGUUUUUUAAAAGAUGUCAUUUCCGUGCAACGGACGAAACAAAACUAUACUAUACAAUUUUUUUUAUCUCUACGAGGCGUGUUGUGUACUUACUUGGAUGCACUUGUGGCGCAAAUGAGAAGAAUAUAUAUAUCCUAUAUAUAUAUAUAUAUAUAUAGAGAGAGAGAAAGGUGGAUUUUUUGUAUUUCAAGCAGUACAUCUAAACGUACAUGCAUGCACAUUAUAUUAUAGUUGGUUUUUUUUUGUUUUGUUUAAUGUAAAAAAAUUUUCGAGUCAGCUCGGUUUCCUUUAGCUCGAUUUUUUAGUCUUGCCAACAAAGACUGAGCUCAAACGCGCGUCAAUGGUGAUUUUCCAGUUAACGCGGGUGGAAAAUAGGUUGUCCGCCGCACGAGAUCGAGAUGAAAACCACUUUUUUUUCUAUAUCAACAAGCAGUGAUGUUUUUUAUACAAGCGACGAAUGGUCGAAUGAUAAUUUUUAAGUAUCCUACAAUUAUAACUAAAUAUGUUUAUCUUUUACGGGAAUCGGUGAAUAUCGAAAUCGGAUAAAAACAUUUUUUUUUUGCUUCCACAAUAAAAGCACAUUAUCCGGAAACGGUUGUAUUGGGCAAUAAGUUUACUACAAAUGGAUAUAUAUAUCAGUACUACACGAAAAAGUUUCCUCGGCAUUACAACUUAUACGACGGACGAUCGCGAGUAUGUUGCAAAUUCCAAGGUAUCGAUUUUUCUUCCUCAAUUAGAAACAAAAAGGAAGAAAAAAAAGAAAAACUGAAACAACGAUUGUUCUUCCAUUUAUUUUUCAUCGAAAUGAUUAGUUAUGCGGCUUACGUCAGUUCAGCCAUCAAAUCACACGCGAAUCUCUAAUCACUCAUAUCAGCGGAAUUCCGGAAUAUAUUAUAUUGCGAGGGCAUAGCGUUAAGUAUUUUAAUUUAUUGACGUGACUUUAA